AUGACAACCAUUUUCCUAACACUAUCCCUCUUCUUCCUCUCCAUCACAAGAACUCUAGCCUCAUACAACAUCAUAAACUAUGGAGCAAAACCCGACGGCAUUACCGACACCGCGAAGCCAUUAUUAAGUGCAUGGGCAGCAACUUGCAGCUCCCACCAGCCGGCGAGCAUGUAUAUUCCAGCAGGGACAUUCUUUGUCAGCACUGCUCUUUUCAAAGGUCCAUGUAACAACACCAACAUAAGAAUAUUCAUAAGUGGAACUCUCAUUGCACCAUCUUCAUACAGCGCCACCAUUCAAUGGCUCACCUUUAAGUAUGUUCAAGGUGUGUCCAUCUUGGGCGGCACCAUCGACGGCCGUGGACAGGCUUACUGGGCCUGCAAAACCUCGAACCGAAACUGCCCUUCUGGCGCCGCAUCGAUUGCGAUUGAUGAGUCGAAGGAUGUGCUUGUAAGUGGAUUGAAAUCACUGAACAGCGAGCAAUUCCAUAUGAUGAUUUUCAGUAGCCAAGGCAUUACAGUGCAAGGUGCCAAGAUUAGUGCACCUGCCAAUAGUCCUAACACUGAUGGCAUACAUAUUCAAAUGUCUAGUGAUGUUACAAUUACCGGCUCGACGAUAAAGACCGGUGAUGAUUGUGUGUCGAUGGGUGAAGGUGCCACGAAUGUUUGGAUCGAACAAGUCAAUUGCGGUCCCGGUCACGGUAUCAGUAUUGGGAGUCUCGGCGAAACUCCGAACGAGAUGGGAGUACAAAACAUAACUGUGAAGAAUGUUAUAUUCACCGGAACACAGAAUGGAGUGAGAAUUAAAACAUGGGGGAAACCGAACACCGGAUUUGUAAAAGAGGUGAUGUUUGAGAGUUUAACUAUGAAUAAUGUGCAAAACCCGAUACUUGUCGAUCAAAACUACUGCCCGGGAAAUGUCGACUGUCCGAACAAGAGUUCCGGCAUUAAGAUAAGUCAAGUGAUGUACAACAAUGUUCAAGGAUCAUCGGCGACGCCGGUUGCCGUGAAAUUUGAUUGUAGUCCUAGCAACUAUUGCAGUGGUAUUGGCUUGCAGGAUAUUAAGCUGACUUAUAUGAAUAAGCCAGCUCAAGCUUAUUGUAAGAAUGCUGAGGGGAAUGCAUCUGGGUAUAUUGUUCCUCCCAGUUGUCUGUGA